AUGACCUUCAUUGAUGAGUGGUUUUACUCGCCCUCGUGUCAUGAGGACGUGAAGUCGCCGUGCCCUGCAAGCAAUCUAAAGGACGCAGCUCAGUGGUAUACUAUCUUUGGAAUGAAUGGUCGUGUUGUGUUGAACAGUGAACGACUCACCGAAGAAAUUGCAAACAUGCUUUUUACAAAGAUUUUCCUGCGGCCAACAAAAGAUGAGGAGAAUGUCCAAAUGUGCCCAAACUCAAGGACCAUCAGACAUGACUUUAGCCACCGCUACCUAGGCACCUACACACUCGCUACAACUGCCGGAAUGGACGCGAAGAUCCAGGAAACAUACAUUAUUCGCUAA